AUGGGAAGCAAAGCUUUUGUCUCAAUUAUCUUAGUUGUAUCCCUUUGUGCUACCAUUUUUGUCACUCAAGGAGUAGCUCAAGUGCAACCACCCCCAACAAUUCCUGGGUUUGUCCUGCCUGGUUCACCUAUAGAUUUGGCUAAAUGUUGGUCGUCUCUUUUUGACGUUGAAGGAUGUGUGCUUGAAAUCUCCAAAUCCAUUUUCUCUGGUAAGUUUGAAAAUGUUGAAGCUGCAUGUUGCAAGGUGUUCUCAACCUUAGACGCAAAUUGUUGGCCUCAAAUGUUUCCACUGAACCCAUUCUUCCCACCUCUCCUCAAGGAUAAUUGCGCUCGCAUCGUUCCCAACUCACCAGCACACAAGUGA